GUGUCUGUAAGAGUAAAGACUAAAAAUGGAUCAUGGAGUGACUGGUCUAGCAACUUCUCAUUAGAUACUGUUGGGAGUGAAGGGAUUGUCAGCUCCUCUACUGAUAAUAAAGUUUAUCAGAUGGGGUUCACUUGUAAAAUGGCUACUUUCUCAUUCACAAAGGUCAUCACUCUAACUCCAUUCUAUAUGAUACACAACAAAACUGAAGAUACUAUAACCGUAUUGGAGUAUGAUCGGCCAGUGAGUGACACAAUCAAAUUAAAGCCAAAAGAGUUUGUGUCUUUUUGGCCACAAAUCAAUAAUGGUAAAAUAUUAGUUGAUGUUUUUGAUGAGCCAUCACUGACUACUUGGUCAAGCCCUUUUGAUUACAGGAACAAAGGCUCUUAUUUGUUAAGGCUCAACUCAGCUAAGGUAAGAACAAAAGUAAAUGCAUCAGAAAAUGUAAUGGACCCUAUUACAUUUUCUAUACAAGAUUUUUGGCAUAUUGUUUAG